AUCAUGGUUGGAAAGAGGAGUGGGGAGUAAAGUGUGUGAGAGAGAGGCACACAAUUGUGUAGGAAGUGCAGAAGAAAUCUAUGGGAAAUCGACUAAACAAGAAUUUUUCAAAUCAUAAUAUAGGGGGACUAUUUUUGUCCUUUGCGCCCAUCCAAGUGCUAUGCAAUUUUUAAUGAAAAUUGGUAGCAUAGUCUAAACAGAUGGAAGAACAAGCAGUGUGUGUUGUCUUUGUUUUAUUAUUCGCUGAAAAGAUGCACCGCACACCUGGAUUUGAGAAGCUGCGUCAGAGCUGUCUGGCAAAAACAUGGCAUGAGCCUCGGAGAGAGGGAAAUGUCCACAGUCUAAGUAUUGGAUUCUUCAGGGCCAACAACUGAUUUGAAUAAGAUAUCAGCUAAUAUGGUUCAAGCAAUUAAGUGGAAACGAUUUCAGUUGGAAACAUAAAGUCUUAGAAGAGGCCAACAAAGCUUCAGUUGUGUUGAAAAUGCUGGGAGACAGAGUGCAGUCAGCUACAAAACAAAAUCUUUUCCAAGACCCCACAUUUCCAGCAAGUGACACCUCCCUUUUUUUUAACUAUUCCACCCCACUCUCACAAUUCAGAGGGGAGAUUUCCUGGCUGAGACCUCAGGAAAUUUGUUCUGCUCCUCGAUUGUUUUCAGACAAUCCACAGGAGGUGCAAGUGAAGCAAGGGAUUUUGGGAGAUUGUUGGUUCCUAUGUGCCUGUGUUGCUUUGCAGAAGAGUAAAUACCUGCUAACUAAGGUAAUCCCUCCAGGUCAGCCCAGCUGGACAGAUGAGACGUACACAGGCUGUUUCACUUGUCAAGUCUGGCAAUUUGGACAUUGGGUGGAAGUAACCAUUGAUGAUCGCCUGCCUUGCCUGGGGGGUAAACUCUGCUUCUCCCAGUGUCAGACAGAAGAUGUGUUUUGGCUUCCCUUACUGGAAAAGGUCUAUGCUAAGGUGCAUGGGUCUUAUGAGCAGUUAUGGGCAGGGCAAGUGGCAGAUGCUUUAGUUGACUUGACUGGAGGUCUAGCUGAGAGAUGGACCCUAAAAGACCCUGGAAGAAGCAUGGAAAGAGAGAGGACUGGUAGAGUUUUGGAGAAGAUGAUAUUUAGGAGACUGAUGAACCUGAAGGAACGAUGUGUGAUAAGUUGCUCAGUCCUCAGCUCCAGGCAAGGUGCCAGUGAACUGGGAGAAUUUCAUGCCUUUAUUGUCUCAGAUAUGCUUCAUCUCUCCAGAGUCUUGGGCAAGGAAAUAAUCUUGCUACGGAUACGAAACCCUUGGGGGAGGCGAUGUUGGAAAGGACACUGGAGGGAAGGUGGUCAAGGGUGGAGCCAAUUGGAUCCAGUAGUUGCUUCAGAAUUGCUUUCCCAGAUUCAGGAAGGAGAAUUCUGGGUUGAGGAGGAAGAGUUUUUCAAGGAGUUUGAUGAGAUUACCAUUGGGUUUCCAGUCACUGAAGAUGGAGAGCUUCAGAGCCUUUAUACAGAGAAAGUGCUGAGUCAUACUCAGAAUCUCUGUGGCUCCUGGGUGAAAGGCCAGUCUGCAGGUGGUUGCCGUAACAACAACAGCUUCCCUGUUAACCCCAAGUUCUGGCUGAGGAUAUGUGAGCAGAGUGAGGUGUGCAUUGCUCUUCUGCAGAAACCCAGGAAGUACUGUGCUGAUUGGGCUGGAAGAACUCAGAAUCUGACUCGCUCAGCAGAGGAAGGUUCAUCUUUUACUGAAGGCAUUCAAGGGAAGAAUUACCAGGCUGUGGGACUGCAUAUCUGGAAGGUGGAGAAGAGGCGGUUUAACCUACCAAAGACCCUCUCUGCUCCUCCGGUUGUUGGUACCAUUUGUCAUUCUUAUGACAGAGAAGUACAUUUGCGCUGUGACCUUGCCCCUGGUUAUUACCUUAUUGUCCCUAGCAUCUUUCUGAAGAAUGCAGAGAGCGACUUCGUGCUUCGUGUAUUCUCAACGGGGAGAAUCUGCCUCAGUGAGAUAAAACCACCACCCACUGAUGCUGCCCUCUGUGAAGAGCUCCCACCAGGUGAAUGGGAGACUGUGCAGCUACAGGGAUGCUGGAAAAAUGGCCAAAGUGCUGGAGGUAGCAGGAACUUCCACUCCUUCCAUACCAAUCCCUGCUUUCCCCUCUCCGUCCCUGCAGGAACAGAAGAGCGUAGCAUGAAAGUCACCCUCCGCCAGCACUGUCAAGAUAGCAAGUGUCUUCCAAUAGGGUUUCAUAUCUUCCAGGUGCCUAACAGCAGUUGGAAACCACACACUUGUUCUUUUCUGCACUUGGAGCCACUGGUUAGCUGUGUACCUCAUUGCUACUCACAGGAAGUGAGCCAACUGUGCAGACUCUCUGCAGGGAAUUAUGUAAUUGUACCUUCAACGUAUUUGCCUAAUACUGAAGGCAAUUUCACAGUGGUCAUAACAACCAAAAUAGACAGGAAAUGCAUUCAGAGCCAGGAGACCCUUGGACAAAUAUUGCAAGAAGUCUCCUUUACAGCUGUGAUGAAAAGGUAAUUUGGAAUUCUUGCAUCAACAUCAUAACAGUAGAGACUAGAAAAGCCUGACCUCUGGCUAUUUUCAGUUUGAAAUGAAGUAACCAGAAAAUACCCUGAUCCCAGUGGUUUUCCAUUCAGACUGACUUCUAGCCUGGUGACGACCUCUCUGAAGAGAUACCACCUUGACCACAUGCAUCCUGAUGAGCAUUCGUCCCCUCCAUAUGUUUUACUACCAGCGACAUACAACUGGACUUAAUGCUAUACCUCAGUUCUUCAAAAAUACGGACAAAGGAUAUGUGCACAUAUUUUAACUCAAGCUGCAGUUUUAAAAUUAAAGCAGAAAAAAAAUGUGACCUAUGCGUACAUAAUGAAAGAACAUUUGGUGAAGAAUAUCCAAGAUUACAAAACAACCUCAGGAGACCAGGGGAGGAUAGGAACUGUGUAGGGGAAAGAAACUGGAGUCCCUUUUUCAGGAAGGAAAGACUAGGAUCCAACGAAGUACACUGGAACAGGGAUAGACCAGAUCUGUAUCUAUCACUGUCAGUCUUAUUAGUGAGCACUUUAUCAUGGGCCCUGCUACUAUGAAUAUUUGUCAGGAAACUAAGUUUGGAAGGGAUGAGUUUAGAUGAGUUUGUCUUACACCAUGUGAACACCUGGAAGGGAAGGAAGAAAUGACUUUUGCAAAGCUGUUGGUUUGAAAUGCCAUAUAAGAUAGUAUUUUUGUUACUAGUAACCCGAAUGUUGUUUUCUUAAUUCCUGUUAAAAUAUUUCUUACUCAAGUGUGAUUUUUUUAGAUAUUGUAUUUUCUUUAAUAAAUGUACAGUGAUGAUAAA